UUAAAAAAAAAAAAAAAAUAGUUUCUUCGAUGUGGAUGGCGGGCCGCUCCGUUUCCCUCCAAAAAGCCAGUCCCCUCCGCUCCUCUCUCUGCCCCGUCAAGAAAUCUCGAAUACAAUGAGAAAUCUUAAACAAGCGCUCGUUAGAAACAAUGGGAAACGCAGCUACUGGCUUCUCAAGACGGAGCCGGUGGAGUGGUCGUGGGAUGAUCAGCUCCGCUCCGACGGUGGUGUCUCCCGGUGGGACGGCGUACGAAAUCGUCAGGCGCAGAAAAACCUCAAGUCCAUGAAAUGCGGCGAUCUCUGCUUGUUUUAUCAUUCCGGACGCGAACGCCGAGUGAUCGGCGUGGUCGAGGUUGCCAGGACUUGGUACUCCACUGCCGAUGAAAGCAGCGAUGACUGGGAGGGGGCGGUAAACGUUCGGACGGUGUCGGAGAUGCGGCGAGCCGUGGAUUUGAGGGAGAUUAAGGCCGCGACAGGGGAGAUGAAGGAUUUCGCACUCUUACGGCAGCCGCGGCUUUCGGUGGUCCCGGUGCCAGAGAAAGCUUGGAAUCGAAUUUGUGAGAUGGGUGGAGGGUUUUGGGAUGAGGAUGGCGAAGGAGAACAUGGGGAGAAUAAAAAAGAGGGGGAUACAGAAUAGGAGUGGUUUCUGGCAAAGCUAUUUUUGGACCCCCUCUUGAGGAAUACUGGACAAAGAAGCUUCAGGAAGAGGCGGCGAAUGGGGCCAAUGAUGCAGAUAAAUAGUUAAUAGCGCUGCAAAGAUGUUCUUAGUAUGCUUUGUCUGCUUAGUGUGAUUAUUUUCAGUGGUUUUUGGAUCCUCUUAAUCCAUAUCUCUAAGCAGCGUUUCACUUUUGCUGAUGCCGAAACGUUACUACUAGUUAUUGACCUGCAUCAAUCUAAGGAGUUGUGGUUUUGUUCUUUGCCCACUACGAACUAUUUCGUUCGUGAAGCGACCUAUAUAACAAAGAUGAAAUUUUGCCUAGUAUUUUUAAGCAUGCCGUAUUCUGCAAAAAUUACAAUGAAAAAAAAAAUCCUUGCUGUUGUAUUGAUGGAUGGAUUACUUGAUAUCUUUUGUAAGAAGAAUGCAUAUUAAGUAAAAAAUUGAAAAGC